UAAUAAUCCAAGUUGAAGCUGCCGGUGCCAUUGGCGCUGAUGUGAAUGCGUUUAUCAAAUGAAGUGGCGGUAAAAACCGCCCUUCGGAACCGCCGGCCGACGGCGCCGCCCAGCCGGUCAGGUGGAACCCGAUUGUCCCGAUCAGUUAGGUUGUUGUGGUACUGUAAUUUCCUUCUCUUGGAGAUUUCGAUUAGGCUAGUUGAAUUUCUGUUUCUUCUCGUAGAACGACCAGAAAUCCAUUGCUAGUUCUGUUUAGUGCAAUGUACUGUUCGCGGAGCGUUUCUUAGCCGGAAAGUUCAUAUGAUUUGGUUAUUGUUCUUUCUGAAAUAUAGCUUAUUGAAGUUCGAUUCAAUUCGCUUCCUGCAUUUGAUUCAUCGUGUAAAGAAGUAAUGCAGGUUGCGAAGAGAUAUCUCUGUACUUCUUUAGUUGAAAAAAAUCCAAUUCGCAACCGUUCAGCUGAUGAUUUUCAGUAUCUUUCUCCUUUCUUCUCGAUUGCAGUUACCGUUGACAGUUUAGCUGCUGGUUUGAGCUUGUAAAUCUGUUUUUUGUGCUUACUUGAGAAGUAUAUCGCAGCCUGCUUUGUUUUUUUCCCUGAUCACGAAAAAUUUACAUGAACUAGCCACAGUUCAAUCUGAUGCAGUUGUUUUCUCAUUCUUCCAUAGUCUUAGAUGCCAUGGCAAAUUGUAAGUAGUUCUUGCAAAUUGGAACUCAAUCCUUUUGAGGAUUUUUGUUUACCACAAAGCUGAACGUUGUAACGCUUGGAAAUUUUCUGCCAUGUUUCUUCUUCCAUUGUUUUGUACAACAAUCUUCCAUGAACUGUGAGUUUCCAAUUCGAAUUCCUCUUAAGGGGACACACUGCAUGGUGGAUUUUGUACUCCGAGGUCUGUUUCCAUCAAUGUUUGUUAAAAUUCCAGGAUUGGCUGGGAGGAUCAAAGCGCAGGUUAGUAGUAACUUUUGACAGCAAGUUCGAAGAUGGUGUGAUGGCCGAAAUCAAGUUUUUCCCCCCUCUUUGAAGGCAAUGAUGAGCAGCUAUAUGCCAGGAUAGUCAAGUGGUUGAAGUUUGUUUAAAUUAGGGGAGUCAAAAGAAGUCAAGCUCAACCUGUGAGUUUCAUCUACUCAUGAUGGUCAAGGCGCCAUGUGAGCCAUGAUUUCAAAAGGAAAUGUGGAAAAUCAAACACAAUCGCAUUUUAAACACAAAAGCAUGGUGGGUUGAGUUCCGACUUCCGACGGACAUGGACGGCCAUUUGAGCUGCUGCUGUUUCUUCUUCCUUUAUUGAGUUAUCUAAUCGAAGCUUUCAUUCGAUGGCAAUACAUCGGUAUGAACAAGCUGAUGAUGAAGGCCAAACCCAUUUGUUUCCGCUAGAUUCUUUGUUCUGUGAGGAGAAAUGGGGGGAGGAGGAAGAUAAAGCUGAGGUAGAACAUACCCAUCAGACCCAUCUUUUUUCUUUGGGAUUUUUGGAGGAGGAUCUAUCUGGGGAAGAUGAACGGCUUCUCUCCAUGUUGUCUAAGGAAACAGAGCAGCUGAAACAGAGCAAUCUCGAGCUUGAAGUUCUGUUGAAAGAUCCUUCUGUCUCUGCUGCUCGUUCUUCAGCUGUAGAGUGGAUGCUCAAAGUCCAAUCCCAUUAUGGGUUCUCAAUUCUCACUACCAUUUUGGCCAUUGCUUAUUUCGACAGGUUCCUCUUGAGCCUCCAUUUUAAGAGUGACAAGCCGUGGAUGAGCCAGCUUGUGGCUGUCACUUGCCUCUCCUUGGCGAGUAAAGUGGAGGAGAUUGAAGUUCCACUUCUGCUGGACCUUCAAGUAGAGGAUGCUAAAUAUGUGUUUGAGGCCAAAACCAUUCAGAGAAUGGAGCUUCUAGUGCUCUCAACUCUUCAAUGGAGGAUGCAUUUGGUGACUCCAUAUUCUUUUCUUGAUCACAUUGUAAGGAGGCUUGGGUUAAAGUCCAAUCUUCACUUAGAGUUCUUCAGGCGUUCUGAGCAUCUUCUCAUCUCUCUGCUCUCAGAUUCCAGAUUUGUUGGUUAUCUUCCAUCUAUCUCGGCAACUGCAACAAUGAUGGGAGUGAUAGAUCAGAUUGAGCCCCAUAUGUCAUUGGAGCGCCGAGAUCAGCUUCUGGGUGUCCUCAAAAUUGACAAGGAGAAAGUGCAAUGCUGUUACAAUCUUGUCAAGGAGCAUUCUAAGGCCUAUGGCAAUGGCAAUGGCAUUUAUCAUCCCAACACCCCCCACAAGCGCAAGCAUGAACAGCAAGCUCCUGAUAGCCCAAGUGGUGUAAUCGAUGCUGGUUUCACUUCAGACAGCUCCGAUGAUUCUUGGGCUUUGAAAGCAGCAUCAGUCUGUUCAUCACCUGAACCUUCUUUCAAGAAGAGCAAAACCGAAGAGCCAAAGAUGAAGUAUCAUUCUCUUAACAGGCCAUUUCUGGACAUCGUUGGCAGCCCUUCUUGAUUCUUAAUAUGCCCCUCCUUUCCCCUCCAAAGUUCUUGGGAAUGAUCAUUGUUAUAAUGCUGCACCAUUUCUCACUUUUGUUGCUGCAAGUUGGGGAAACUUUUCUUCCAUUGUUAUCCAAUUACCCACAAUGCCCUUGGCAUCAGAAUGGGUAGAAGGAUGAAGAGCACUGAAGGAGGGGAUUCCAUGGGAAUUUUCCCAAGAUCAGAAGUGAUCAGAAAAAAUGGGUUAUUGGAGAAGACAAAAAAAGUAUGCAGUAGUCUGGCUUCUUCUCUAAAACUGUAUACCAUUUCUGUCAUGACGACUUUUCUCCUUGUUUUGGACAAAACUCAUAUAUUAUUAUCAAAUAAAAGCACAGCAUUUCUUGUUCA